GCCAAGCCAUUUAAGAAUCCACGUCUGGACUUCCCGCGCUUUGCACUUCUCUUUCGCUCUUGGGCGUCUGGGCCACUUUUAAUCAUUGAUUAGUUCUGUCGUAACACAAAUGAGCCACAUUCUCGUCAAAUGGGCAACGGCUGAGGCGUGGGACGUGUACCCCACAAGAAAGAUCACCGAUGUCGCGACGGCAACAGAAAUUAUGACUGAUCCGACUGUAGUGGAGACGCUUGCGGGACGCACAUUCAUGGUAACUUGGAAGGACAAGGAACCCCCAGCAGAAGCCUAUAUUAUAGCUGCAGGAGAACUAUCAAAAAUGGAGCGGCGUCGAAACAGGUUGGCAGCGCGAGCAUCGACCCAGGCAUCACAGCAGGUCAACUGCUGCAACCACGUUGACCAAGUAAAAGACCUGCAGAAACGGAACGAAGACCUUGAACGGAAGGUUGCGGAGCAGCAAGACAUGAUAGGUUGACUUGGGGGACGGUGUCAUGGUUCCAGAAUCCACCCUCGCACGUCUAGAACAAACCUACAGAGGCUCAGCAUGCCGUUUUGCACGUGCGCUGUUGAGGGUGCUCUUCACGGAAGAAGAAUUGAAGAAAAAGAGUCUCUUUGGAAAGCCCGCCAACAAUGGGAAGGGGCAGGAACAAAAAGAUGCCCUGGACCCAAGGCGUGUAAAAGCAGUUCUUGGAAAGACUUGCUCAGUGUUCCAGUGUUCUGAUGCGCCAAUAAAAAGGACCCUAAGCUCCCUCCUUCAAAAACAGAACAAGAAAUACGAAGAAGUGGAAAGCCCCUAGGGGGGGCAAUGCCCCCAACACAGCCCCCAACUGCCCAU